AUGCCGGCGGUAGAGCAACAACUUGUCGAAUGUGUUCAUCGUGUUCUUCGAAUACCAGAGCCGUGGCGUGUCGGUGUUGUUUCAGGCGAAAACGACAACAAUCUUGAAUUAGAAGGACAAUUCGGAGAAUCGACCACGGUAAAUUCCAUCAAAGGAACCAAUUCCAUAGAAAAUUUUGUGGAUCUCGAUGUGCUUGUGGUUAACCAGGCACUUGACAAGGAACUCCAGGAUAGCAGUGCCUUGGACAAAUUCGUCUCCAACGCUCUGCAAUCACUUCGACUGGGCGGAGCAUGCGUCAUUCGACAGGACCUGACUGCUCUAAACGAUCCCAAGAAAGUGGCAAAACUGACUGAUUAUCUUGACGUUUUUCGGAUAGAUGAAGGUGGCGAAAAAUUCGGAUUUUCAUUCUAUGCGGUGAACGAAGUGGAGGAUUCUAUUUACGCCCAUCAAAACUGGCAGGACUAUAUCUGGACGUUGACUAAGAAACAGUUCCCAACUACCCAAUCUUCUAACAUUACCUUCAGAGAUUUCCUGGACAAAACACAAUACACUGAUACCGGUAUUUAUGCAUACGAAUGGAUAUUUGGGAAGGAUUUUAUCUCUCCCGGAGGAUGGGAUCAGAACUUGAGUAUACUGAAGCGUUUUGGAUCAAUGAAAACUGGUCAGAAAAUGUUGGACAUCGGAGUGGGGAUCGGUGGCGGAGCGAGACAAGCCGCGAGUGAAUUCGGCCUUCAUGUGUGCGGUGUUGAUCUUUCGUCAAACAUGCUAGCAGUUGCACUGCAACGAAUCCAGCGGGAUAAGGAUUCUCGUGUCACAUAUGCGAUUUGUGACGCAACCGUGUACGAUUUCGAACCGGCCUCAUUCGAUUAUGUUUUCUCUCGGGAUUGUAUACAACAUAUUGAAAACACCGAGAAUCUUUUCAGCAGAAUUUAUAGAGCUUUGAAACCCGGUGGAAAAGUCCUGAUCACAAUGUAUGGUGUUGGUUAUGGCGAGUUGAGUGAGAAUUUCAAGCGCUACGUCGAACAGAGGCAGUAUUACCUUAAAAAUACCAAACAAAUCAGAGAGAUAGCUGAGAAAGUUGGAUUCACCGAUAUCGUCGUUGAGAACAUGACCGGAAGAUUCGAGGAGAUCCUUGAAGAGGAACGCCAACGAGUAGAGAACAACAAAGAAGAAUUCUUAUCGAAAUUCUCUCAAAACGAAUACGAUUCGCUUGUGAAUGGUUGGAAUGCGAAAUUACAGUUCAUUGCCGACGACAACCAUAACUGGAACCUCUUCCUAGCCGUUAAACCUCAAUAA